AUGGCUCGACCCGAGGACACAGCGCAAGCGCCACGCUUGAAUGGCGGCGAGAUAGACGAAGGUGGGAUGGGAAUUGGGAGUUCUGAAUCGAGUGAUGUCCUGCCUGCACCAAAGGAUGACCCUCCAUACCCCGACGAAGAUGAAAGUCGACCAGGCACUGCUUCGGGAGAUCCAUCGGAGGGUGCUAGCAAGCAACCGGCCGUAGUGAAAGCGCUUAGCCCCGAAGAAACUAUUGAACUCGCUCGACAAGCCGUUGAACUCGGGAUUCAGGAGACCAAACGUUCCCUGGCAGGUAGCGAGGGUGUUACGGAUGUGGUGAAGCCAAAGCUCACCAUUGAUCUCGGUCAUUCACACAUUGCCCGCAUUCCGGAGCCAGUUGUGGACUUGAUCAAAGAUGAGGUUGAACGGCUUUCGUUGUCAAACAAUCAACUCUUCCAUAUUCCCUAUCGCUUUGCUGAAUGCUCCCAUCUACGCUAUCUCAAUAUCAGAGCAAACAACUUCCGUGAAUUUCCCAAAGGAGUUUACAAACUGCCUCUACUCGAAAUUCUGGAUUUAAGUCGGAACAAAAUCAAGGAACUACCCAACGAAAUCAGCAAGUUGAAAUCAUUGCGAGUUCUAUCUGUGAUGCAAAAUCGCCUCACUGAUCUGCCGCCCACCCUCGCCGAAAUGCACAAGCUUCAGAUCUUCAAGUGUGCCGAAAAUCGUUUGCGCGAGCCUCUGCGGGCGAUUCUGGGGGAAGAUGAGGACCAAACGACUCCCUCCGGUAUGACUGAUAACGAGAGAGAAGUUGCAGCGACAACGAGACUCAAGAGAUUCUUCCUCUCGUGUCGACGGGCCACUGAAUCUCCUGAGCUAGAGCCUCCUGCUUAUUUGAUCGACGGCGGUUUCGAAGCGAAAGUGGCACCAACACCGACACCUUCGAUACCUUCGAAUUCGAAAAGGAACCUGAGUGGCCGAUUUCCAGUGAUUCCUAGCACUGGGGAUGGCUCAGCAGCUUCUUCCCGGUCCCCGUCGAUAUCUCGGCCUGUGCCACCGCCAAAAUCACACCAUCGAAUGGCCUCCGGGCAACAAGGCGCUACUUACCAUAUGCCUGGUCUCCAAAGACCCGGUAUAGCGCCUCAUACUACCAACGAGCGCAAUCGAAGUAAUAGCGAGGGCAUCAUUCAAGGGUCAUCUGCUGCUCGUAGCAAACGAAUGGGACUGAUAACUCGCAAGAAUACUGACUUGGGCACAUUGGAUGAAACGCUCCCAUAUCGAAACAGCCAUCUACGAGGUCUCAGUUACGGGUCUGUGCUGCGAACGCGUUCGCCUGCGCCGCCAAUAGCUACCAAGGACACCACUACUCCCAGUCCCAGCAGCCCAAGAGAGCGUCGGCGUCCGCGAGAUGGCUGGGUGAAUCGCAUGUCCAGUCUGCCCGAACACAAGGGUGAACGUGGGUCUGAUCUACCCAUUAUGAAGAGUGCAAAGGGCAUUUUAUUUGCUCUCGCUCAAGUUCAUAACCAUAUUAGUACAUUGAUCAACGUGAUAAAACACGAUGACACUCGACGUCACAGCCUCGAGCUAGUCUUUUACAACGCUUCAUCUCACGUGGACCAGCUCAAUGAUACCAUCGACAAAGCAUCGAACACUAUGCUCAAUGACCCAGAGUCGACCGCCUCUGUCACAGAAACAAUCAAACGCGAAUGCGAGACGUGCAUCGGAGCCUAUAUCCACGUCGGCACGCAGCUACGUAACAACGCUGCCAAGAUCGUUGCUAACGGUGAUCCACGCUAUGUACGAUCACUGAUGCUGACCCUAUUUGGCAGCAUGGUCGAGCUGCGGAAUGCUUGCGCUGUUCUCAAGGUUCCGCUCCGGGCCAUCAACAAACCUGGCUUCCCUACAAAGCGCUUGAUUGGCCCAAGUGAGCCUCUUCCCUCGGUUCCAGACCGAUCUCAACGCCCGUUGGUUACACCGACAAGAGAAGCCAUCCCACCCACACGUCGGCUGCGAAGCGACACGACAAUCCGGCACCCGCAAUAUCCCAUGACUACGCACUCCAGUCAGAUUGGCACCAGCUCCCCUGUUUAUUCGACGCCGUACUCCCGUAGUCGCUCGGGCAGCAGCUCAAACAUGGCUAGCAUGCCUCACGCGCUGGCAACCCCUCGCUCAGGCGAAAGUUUCCCACCUUUGCCAGCUCCAACAGGUCCCCGAGCCCAUACACUGACUGGAAUGGACGAGAAUGACGAAGAUCGAGCGUUCGAAAAGAUCUUCCGACAGCUUACCUACGCCUAUCAAGCCGCACAUACGGCACUUCCACUGGUCCACGGACAAUUCAUCAAGUGUCUCGAGGAGGCCCAGCAGUCACGAGAUCCAGACGGGAUUCAACUCCUUUGGAACAAUCUCAUCCGUCGAUGCCAAGGCUGCUUGGAAGCCACAGAUGCCCUAGGACAGCGCCUUUCCUCCAUGAAAGUCAAAGAACCAGGCGGCGGCCUCCGCAACCAGCGCGAGUUCUGGCUACUAUGCAAAUCGUUCAUGCACUCAUUCGUCGACCUGGUGAACGAGAUGCGCGAGGUCAGAAGCAUGCGCCUCCUUGCUCCAGACAUCAUCGUCCUCCUACGUCCAGUCCAGCAGGCAAGCCGCGAAGCAGGCCGCUUGAUCGAAGUAUCUCCCUGGGCCUUCCUGGCAGACCCAGACCGCCACUCGCCUCCUAGAAACCUGUACGGCCCCCCGCUGCUGAUCCCCCACCCGCAACACCAAACAUCCGUCUCAACGUCCGUCCUCAACAACCCCCACAGUUACCAUCUCAACCCGCAGAUGCCCCCACAAUCGGCCACUGUUCCUGCCACCCCGCUGAGUGCGGCGCUCGGCCCUGCUGCGCAGGCCACUGUUCCGUCCACGCCGGCGAGUGCAUACAGUGACAAGUUCUUUGAGGGCGAUGUCUUCCAGCGAGCUGACUCGCUUCUCUCGUCCAAUCAAGCUCCAUUCUUCCGUCGCUAA